CGGUUCCGUGACAGCAGAUGACUAACGAUUAAAGCAGGUGACGGUCAGGUGACUAAUAACUCUGUGAUGGUUAGAGUAAUUGAAGCUGCGAGUGAGGACCCAAAAAAAAAAAGGUGGACAGAAACGUCACAAUGCUAGACUAACAGUUGGCUUCUGGUCAUGAUGACCUCUGAUCCCCUGGCGGUCUGACAGUGAUAGGUGAAGGUGGCGCUCCAAAAUUGUGUUGGUGUGUGUGGGGGAGUGUGAUGAUUUACCUGCUGGAUCACCAUGGUAACUGAUGCUGAUCACCUAACCUGAGACCUUGCCUGCACAUCCAGGUAUCCUCUCUAUCAGGCUCCUCCUACCAUGAUGUCAUCACUCAUAUCAGGAAAAUCUCCUUUGUUCCAAGCCACACCCAUCAGGAUCUCACUGUGACGUCAGCGUGACAGGAAACAUGCUGAUGGCGUUCUCUCUCCUCAGCUGCCAUGUGAACGAGCUGCACGCUUCCUUUGGCAGGCGGAUGUAGAUGUAGAGAGAAAAUAGUUCCUCCAGGAUACUGCUCGCAGACAGUGGAGGAGGGCGGAGCUUCCCGGCAGCCAUGAUGGAGGAUGCCGAGCCGGAUCUUUCCCCCGCCCCCUCGAAUCAGAACAGCCCCUCCCCCUCCAUCUCCAUCUCCUCCUCCCCCUCACUGUCUCUUCCCUCCACACCAUCCUCCUGCGGCCCCCCCCAGGCCACCACCCCUCCCCUAUGCGUUAUCAACGAGGGCGUGGCCGAGCUCAGCCUGGUGAUCGACGCAGAGGUGGCCCAGCGGGCGUGUCAGGAGGUGCUGCAGAAGGUGAAGCUGCGACAGGUGGAGGCCGACAGUGGCCCUCCGCAGAACGAGGCGGCGCCAGACGCGCAGCCCUCUGACCCUGAGGGCCCAGCGUCUAGCUCAGUGAAGAGCGCACGGCGGCGGCAGAGACACAAUCCCUCCAAACAGUCGUGGCUGCUGCGCCUGUUCGAGUCGAAGCUCUUUGACGUCUCCAUGGCGAUCUCCUACUUGCACAACUCGAAGGAGCCCGGCGUGCAGGCGUACAUCGGAAACCGCCUGUUCAGCUUCCCGCACGAGGAGGUGGACUUCUACCUGCCGCAGUUGCUCAACAUGUACAUCCACAUGGACGAGGACGUCGGCGACGCCAUCAAACCCUAUGUGGUGCACCGCUGCAGGCAGAGCAUCUCCUUCAGCCUGCAGUGUGCCUGGCUGCUCGGCGCCUACUCCUCUGACAUGCACAUCUCCACCCAGCGCCACUCUCGAGGAACCAAACUGAGGAAACUCAUCCUGUCCGAUGAACUGAAACCUGCCGGGCCGCGAGUCCGCAGGGAUCCCCUCGCUCUGACGCCGUUCUGUCCCGUGGCGUCCUCCACGGCCGGCCCCGGGCCCUUGGGAGGAGAUCACGGUCUGUCACCAUCAAAGAGGACGCAUCAGCGCUCCAAGUCAGAUGCUACGGUCAGCAUCAGCCUGAGCAGCAACCUGAAGAGGACGGCAAGCAACCCGAAAGUGGAAAGCAGCCAAGACGAGGACUGCAGCUCCAGCUCUGACAGUCUGGAGUUUGAUUCUCGUCCCCCGGUGCGUCUGGCUCCUCAGAGAGAGUUCAUCAAGUCUCUGAUGGGCAUCGGGAAGCGUCUGGCCACGCUGCCUACCAAAGAGCAGAAGACCCAACGUCUCAUCUCCGAGCUGUCGCUGCUCAACCACAAGCUGCCGGCCCGCGUGUGGCUGCCUACCGCCGCCUUCGACCACCAUGUGGUCCGAGUACCGCACUCUCAGGCCGUGGUGCUUAACUCCAAAGACAAGGCUCCAUACCUGAUCUACGUGGAGGUUCUGGAGUGUGAGAACUUUGAGACGUCCAGCGUUCCAAUCCGGAUCCCGGAGAACCGGAUCAGGAGCACGCGCUCUGUGGAGAACCUUCCGGACUGCGGCAUGACGCCGGAGCAGCGAGCCGGCAGCUUCUCAGUCGUCCCGAACUACGACAAUGAUGAUGAAGCGUGGUCCGUGGACGACAUCGGAGAGCUGCAGGUGGAGCUUCCAGAGACUCACACCAACAGCUGUGACAACAUCAGCCAGUUCUCAGUGGACAGCAUCACCAGCCUGGAGAGCAAGGAGCCCGUGUUCAUCGCCGCCGGAGACAUCAGGCGGCGUCUGUCUGAGCAGCUCGCUCAAGCCCCCACCACCUUCAAACGGGACCCCGAGGACCCGUCUGCCGUGGCCCUGAAGGAGCCGUGGGAGGAGAAAGUCAGGAGGAUCAGGGAGGGCUCUCCUUAUGGCCACCUCCCCAACUGGAGGCUCCUGUCUGUCAUUGUGAAGUGUGGAGAUGACUUGCGGCAGGAGCUACUCGCCUUUCAGGUGCUGCAGCAGCUCCAGUCGAUCUGGGAGCAGGAGCGCGUGCCGCUCUGGAUCAAGCCGUACAAGAUCCUGGUGCUGUCGGCAGACAGCGGGAUGAUCGAGCCCGUGGUAAACGCCGUGUCGCUGCACCAGGUGAAGAAGCAGAGUCAGCUGUCUCUGCUUGACUACUUCCUGCAGGAGCACGGCACGCCCACCACCGAGGCCUUCCUGACGGCGCAGAGGAACUUUGUGCAGAGCUGUGCCGGCUACAGCCUCAUCUGCUACCUGCUGCAGGUCAAAGACAGGCACAACGGGAACAUCCUGCUCGACGCCGAGGGCCACAUCAUCCACAUCGACUUCGGCUUCAUCCUGUCCAGCUCGCCCAGAAAUCUCGGCUUUGAGACAUCCGCCUUCAAGCUCACUGCCGAGUUUGUGGAUGUGAUGGGCGGGCCAGAUGGCGACAUGUUUAACUACUACAAGAUGCUGAUGCUUCAGGGUCUGAUCGCAGCCAGGAAGCACAUGGACCGCGUGCUGCAGAUCGUGGAGAUCAUGCAGCAAGGUGAGUCACCACAGCUGCUCCUGGUGGUCGUUUCCCAUCCUGCAGCACUAACUGCCCCACCUCUGUGCCCCCUCCCAGGCUCCCAGCUGCCCUGCUUCCACGGCUCGAGCACCAUGCGCAGCCUAAAGGAACGUUUCCACAUGAGCCUGACGGAAGAGCAGCUGCAGCUGCUCAUCGAUCAGCUGGUGGACGGAUCCAUGAGGUCGCUCACCACCAAACUAUACGACGGCUUCCAGUACCUCACCAACGGCAUCAUGUGACCCAACCCACAGACUGAGGAGCUUUUAUGACUCCACCCACUCCUCCUUUAUUUUAUUCCAGUUUUUUUUUGUUGUCUCGUCUUUUCUUUAAAAGAGUUCUCAGUUUUCUCUUCAUCUCACUAAGUUUCUCCUCUUCCUCUUUAAUUUUCUUUUUUGUUCUUCCAUAUGUGGGCAGAAAUCCCUGAUUGGCUGCUCCCCCGAACUCUAAGCCAGUGAGAGAGCAGCCCACUUUUAGUUUUGACCUGUGAACUGUGAGCAGAGAGUUUAAUGGACCAGACGCCAUUUCCUGUUUUACCUGUGAAGCAGUUUCUUUGAGCCAAUUAAAACCAGCUGGUGUUCACCUGCA